AUGGAACAAAUUUGUGAAUGCAAGCUGAUAUAUAUAUGUGUGUGUGACCUACGUGAUGUGGUAUGUGAUGUCUGUCAAAUCUGUAUUCUGAUGCAUGUCUAUCUGGCAAAUGAGGUUUCUCCCUCAAACCAGACAGUGUUUUCUGUCAGCAACGAAAGGUGGACGUUUGUCGUCGAUAUUGAGCAACGAACAUGCACUUGCAGGAUUCUACAAGUUGAUUUGUUAUCGUGUUCACACGCUUUGGCUAUGCGUACUUGGAAUGCAUACCAAGAUUCUGUAUAUCCAGUUGGAAAUCAAGAGGAAUGGACAGUCCCAGAAGAAGUACAGCGAGAAAUAGUGUUACCUCCUAACCAAAAGAGGAGUUGUGGAAGACCUACGGAGAAAAGAAAGAGAUCAUCCAGAGAAGGGAGACUGACGACAAAAUGCGGAUGUUGUGGAGGAUAG